AUGUCAACGGCUGCUACACCUCCUAGUAAGAUUCAAGAGAUUAAAAGUUUAGCUCAAUUUAAUGAAUUUAUUAAAUCUGAUAAAGUUACUGUGAUUGAUUUCUACGCCACUUGGUGUGGACCAUGUAAAGCUAUUGAACCAGUAAUUGAUGCAUUAGCAGAAAGAGUUCCUGAAGUUGGCUUUGGAAGAGUCGAUGUUGAUCAAGCUCAAGAUAUUGCUCAAGAAUAUGGUGUCACAGCUAUGCCCACUAUUUUUUAUUUCCAGAAUGGGGAAAAAUUGAAUUAUGUUGUUGGAGCAAAUUUACAAAAAAUCGUACAACUUGUACAAGAAUAUAGUAAGGUAGAUAUAUCUAGCAGAUAA